AUGGCCAAAGUGUCGCAGGGCACACUCAGUCCGCUCUCAAAGCAAGCAGUGGACUUAGACGCAGCCUUUGAAGAGGCAGCGCUAUGCGAAGUGCCCGAGGUGCCUUGGGAGUCUGAGACCUCCAAGCCAUUUGUGUUAGGGCUUCCCGCUCGUAGGCUGGGCAUGGGUUUUGCGGCUCUGGCCUUCGUCGGCCUCUUGUGGGUGGCUGUGCUGCAGUUUCAAAAGGACACCACCGCGGCAAUCCCGAAGGUGUCGGAGUCAUCUCUUCAGGUGGCAGAUGAUAUGGGAGUGCAGCAGCUGCUCGAGCUUUUCGAGGACGACGUCGCUCCAAGCAUGGACCAUGCCAACAGCACGUUUGCCAAGGAUAUCUUCGCGAUCAAAAGGCAUCUUCAGGACAUGACGCAGAACCCCCUUGCUCUGCCCAUUGCUACUUGCACAGUGGAUGUGUACCUAGUGGCGUCCUUCAUCGGAAUCGUUGGCAACGUUGUCAAUGGAGCGGUUAAGGCUUGUGAGCGCAAGAGCAACUUUCGCAAGUUCGUGACGCUGGAUCGCAUCGAAGACUUGCUCAAGAUUGACCUCCUAGACGAGAGGAAGAAGCAAGCGCUCAUGAGGUUACUGGACCAGGGUUGUCGCAUCGGUGUCGAGUCGAGCGUCGCCCUUUUCAGUUUCAUUGCUGCCUUCCUGGCCCGCGCCGCUUCCGACUGCGCCAUGUCAGUGAAGCUUCCCCCAAAUCCAGGUGCUCAAUGCGCAGCUGCCAUGAGUCUUAUUUCUUCUGGCGUGUCGUAUUUGGCCGCUGGGGCUGAGACUGCUCAGGCCACGUGCCCUCCAUACCCAGGAAUAAUUGAUCCUGACCCGCUGGUGGUGGCAGGUGUGGUUGAUGCGUCUGCAAUCGACAUCGUGGGUGGAUUAACCAGGCGGCUGAGCAUUAAGGACGCCAUUGAGAAAAACCCGGUGGCAGAGUCGAAGCUCGACGAUGCUCGCCAGAUCGUUCUGUCUCGCCUUCCUUCACUUGGACCGAUUGGUGGCUUCAUCCUCAAUAACAAGGAGUUUGUGAAGAUAAGACGGGAGCAGCGCAAGGCCAAGAAUCGAAAAGACAAGGAGGUAAAGUGCGGCUUUGACGUUGCCGGCCUGGUGGGUUUUGCGGCAGCGGUGGGUGUCUUCAUCACUGCUGGAACCGUUGAGUGUCCCCUUGCUGAUGGAAACACCGCCACAGCUGACAAUUUCAAGAUGGGCUGCAGCAUGGACAUCUCAGCUGUGAUUGCAGCCUUAACAAGCAUCGGUGGUUUCGUGGGCAUCUUGGCAACUGAGUGCCCUGCAAAUCCUUCGAACGCGAAGGACAAUCUCUGCGCCACGGGAAGUCUGAACAUUGUCUCAGCACUCGGAUUCCUGUCAGCCGCACUUUCAGAUGCACCUCGAUCUUGUGGCGCCGCGCUUUCGGAACUUUCGGGCCCUUCCUGA